CCCACUAUCAUCUAACUACCCUGGCCUUUUAAACCCGUCCGACUAACCAACCCCCCAAUGAUCCCCAUUCCAGACACCCACCAAUACAAGGGAACCUGCCAUUGCGGCCUAUCUCAAUUUGAACUACAUCUUUCCCACCCUUUAAAAACAGUGCAUGCAUGUCGUUGCACCCUCUGUGCCAAGAAGGGGUACCUGUGGCUUUUCCCUGCUGAACAAGAAUUUCAAGUUACACGGGGGGCUGGGGAGUUGGUUUGCUACUCUGGUGAUGGGAGUCAUGGAGAGCACAUGUUUUGUCCGACUUGUGGAACGGGAAUAUUGGUUCGUGGACAUAAGAUGCCGUCGGGGGAGGUUGGGGUAGGGGUUAAUGCGCGGGCGUUGUUGGGGGUUAAUCCGUUCAAAUUGAGAGUUGAGAGCUAUACUCCGCACAAUACAUCGCAUGGUAGUUCUCCUACAGAACCCGCCCAUAUCAACACUGAAAUCCCAUCUGAGAAGAUCUACACCGGCAGCUGCCACUGCACCGCAGUCCGUCUCUCCAUCCAAACCAAGCCACUGCCGGAGAUCGAAGUGAAGGAGGAUAAUUGCAGUAUCUGCCAGCGGAACGCAAACAUCUGCAUAUAUCCCCACCGAUCACAGGUUACUCUCCACGGCGAAGAGAGCUUGACUGAGUAUUGCUUUGGACGGGGCUUCACCGGACACCAAUUCUGCAAGAUAUGCGGUGUGCAAGUGGGUAUGAAGUUGCAUGGACCGCCCCAGUCGGUGGUGGACAGUCUUCCGCCGGAGAAGCAGGAGAUUGUCAAGGAGAAGUUGGCUAUUGUGCCGAUACGAGUGGCGGUUUUGGAUGGGGUUGAGUGGGCGGAUUUGAAGGUGGAGAGAACGGACGAAGGGACGGAGGGGUAUGUUGUUGGCUGAUGAGGAAACAGUGGUGAAUACUGUGUAUAGAUUGUAGGGAGCAAUAUGAUUGUAAUCAUGCUGUGAGAUUGGUCACAAUGUUGUUGUUCAGGCACUCCGCACGGGCAUGCCGUCGAUCCGAUCGGCAUUCUCCUAAUGGGCGGUGCCUGAUUGGACUCGGACCCGUGACGUCCCUUGCCUGGAUGGAUG